AAAACAUAACCUCAUUUUUUAACCUCAAACUAUGAAUUAUUUAGAAGAUUAUUUAAAAAGUCUCUAUAUUUUUUUAACAAAUAACGAUGGAACGAAUACGAAUAUUAUUCGUAAACACACAAAAAACUUGGUGAAAUCUGGCGAUUUAAGUUUUCCCUUAAUCGCAUCGAAUUGGAAAGUUUUAAUCCAUGAAAAAAGUGAGAAUUUAAAAUGCAUUUAUGAAUAUUUGGAUCGAAACGAAACGGAUUUUAUUAAACUGAACGAAAAUAAUAAAUUAAAGCUUCAAAAUGGGAUUAAAAUAAACGAUAAUUACCACUUAUUUUUUAAUAAAAGUCAUUGUUACCAAAAUUGUUUAAGUGAAAUUAACGGAAACGAACGUUUUGGUUCUUUUCAAUUAGAGCCAACAAAAUUUAUUCUUAAAUCUGAAUCAACACAGCUUAGUGAUAUCUCUGGAUUAAGAAUAAAAUUAAUUAUGAGAACAACUCAAAAUUUAAUUAAUUUUUGUAAUGGAAUAGUUUACAAUGACGAACAUAACCUCAACAAUGAAUGCUUUAUGAUCACUUUUUCAUUAAACUCAAGUAAUAACCAUAAUUUAUGUUUAUGUGGAGUGGUUUUAAAUGAAAAGGGUUUAAGAGAUCGUGUUACAACAGCCGAGGAGUAUAUCGAAAAUCAUAUUAUUCGCAUGAGAUUAAUUUCGGAACACAAAUAUGGGUUAAGAAUUACUUCAAAAAGUGGAUGGAGGGAAUUUUUUGAAAAACUAGGACAUGCUUCGGCUACUUUGGAGCUUUUACAAAAUAAAAUUUCAAGUACGCUUACACUAAAUAUAAAGGAUCCUACGAUUUCAAGCAAUAAAGGUUCAGCUUUUAUUUUGUAUAAUUCAGCACGAUUAUCAAAAUUAUUAAAAGAUUUUGACGACAAGGUUAUUUCAAAUAUUUACCCGCCUUUACCGGAAGUUACUGAAAUUGAUUUUUCACUUUUAAUCGAACCCGAAGAGUGGGAAUUAUUUUAUGUUUACAUUUUACAAUUUCCGGAUUGCAUAAAAAAUUGUUUCAAACAUUUAAAUAAUUAUAAAAUUCAACCUCACUUUUUGAUACAACAUUUAUCUGGGUUUUGCACAGUUUUUAGUUGUUAUUAUCGACGAGUUAAGAUCCUUAUGGAUCCUCGGCAACAUUUAUUCCCCGCUUUAUUUGCUAAGAUUUAUUUAGUGAAAACUUUAAAAAUGGUUAUGGAUAUUGGAUUGAAAUUAUUAAAUAUUGAACCAAUAAAACAAAUGUAGCUUAAA